CGGGAGCGCGCCCCGCGGUAGGGCGGGGGUGGCAGGGAGGUGAUAGGCGCGGGAGCGCGCUUGCCUCGGCUCUUGUGGCUGGGCUGCCGGGCAGGCAGGAGGAGGAGGAAGAAGAAGAAGAGCAGCAGCAACAGCAGCAGCAGCGCGGCUGCGGAUCCCCCUCGACCUCGGGCUGCAGCUUCCCGCAAGGCAGUAACAUAAAGACCUGUCAUACAGGGGUUAAGGAAGAAGGAAAAGUAAAGAGAUAGACCAUCUUGCUCUGAAGCUAUUUAUACCAAGGUUUCUUGUCUAUAUCUACAUAACUAUUCCAAGCUACCUAGUCUGAUGAAUUUGAACUUCAUUAUUCAAGUGUGAUUUACUCAAUACAGCCUAAAAUCAUGAUGAAAAAGAAGAGCAUAUCUGCAAGCAAAGCUUCCUUGAUCCUCUUUCUGUGCCAAAUGAUUUCUGCAUUGGAUGUACCUCUUGACUCAAAACUUCUAGAAGAAUUGUCACAACCUCCUACGAUAACUCAGCAGUCUCCAAAAGAUUACAUCGUUGACCCUCGAGAGAAUAUUGUAAUACAGUGUGAAGCAAAAGGAAAGCCACCUCCUAGUUUCUCCUGGACACGCAAUGGAACUCACUUUGAUAUAGAUAAAGAUGCACAGGUAACCAUGAAACCAAAUUCAGGGACCCUUGUCAUAAAUAUUAUGAAUGGUGGGAAGGCAGAAGCAUAUGAAGGAGUAUACCAGUGUACAGCAAGGAAUGAACGAGGAGCAGCCAUUUCCAACAAUAUCGUUAUAAGGCCAUCUAGAUCUCCUUUGUGGACAAAAGAAAAACUAGAACCAAAUCAGGUUCGAGAAGGUGAUUCACUAGUACUACACUGCAGACCUCCUGUUGGCUUACCACCACCUAUAAUAUUUUGGAUGGAUAAUGCUUUCCAAAGAUUGCCUCAAAGUGAAAGAGUUUCCCAAGGUCUAAAUGGAGACCUAUAUUUUUCUAAUGUACAACCAGAAGAUAGCCGGGAGGACUAUAUCUGCUAUGCAAGAUUUAAUCAUACACAAACUAUACAGCAGAAACAACCCAUUUCUGUAAAAGUUUUUUCAAUGGAUUCAUUGAAUGACACUAUAGCUGCUAAUUUGAGUGACACUGAUAUUUAUGGUGCGAAGCCAGUUACAGAGAGACAGCCAAUUCUUCUAACACCAACAGGUAGCACAAGUACCAAAGUGGAACUCAGAGGAAAUGUACUUUUUUUGGAGUGCAUUGCAGCAGGAUUACCCACACCAGUAAUCCGCUGGAUUAAAGAGGGUGGGGAGCUGCCAGCCAACAGAACAUUUUUUGAAAACUUUAAGAAAACUCUGAAGAUUAUAGAUGUUUCUGAAGCUGACUCUGGGAACUACAAAUGUAUAGCAAGAAAUAUAUUAGGUUCUGCUCAUCACGUCAUUUCAGUAACUGUGAAAGCUGCCCCGUACUGGAUAACAGCACCCAGAAACUUGGUCUUGUCUCCUGGAGAAGAUGGGACAUUGAUCUGCAGAGCUAACGGCAACCCAAAGCCUAAUAUAAGCUGGUUUGCAAAUGGCGUUCCCAUAGCAAUUGCCCCAGAAGAUUCUAGCAGAAGGGUAGACGGUGAUACCAUUAUUUUCUCACGUGUACAAGAAAGGUCAAGUGCUGUCUAUCAGUGCAAUGCUUCUAAUGAAUAUGGAUACUUGCUAGCAAAUGCAUUUGUGAAUGUUCUGGCUGAACCACCAAGAGUUCUAACUCCUGCCAAUAAACUGUAUCAAGUCAUCGCAGAUAGCCCUGCAUUGCUAGACUGCGCUUAUUUUGGUUCACCUAAGCCUGAAAUUGAAUGGUUUAAGGGAGUGAAAGGUAGCAUCUUGCGUGGAAAUGAAUACGUUUUCCAUGAUAAUGGAACCUUGGAAAUUCCGGUGGCUCAAAAGGAUAGUACUGGUACAUACACAUGUGUAGCAAGAAAUGAAUUAGGAAAGGUACAAAAUGAGGUGCAAUUGGAAGUUAAAGAUCCAACAAUGAUAAUUAAACAACCAGAAUACAAAGUGAUUCAGAGAUAUGGCCAAGUGUCAUUUGAGUGUAUAAUAAAACAUGAUUCUACCUUAUUACCAACAGUUAUAUGGUUGAAGGACAAUGAUGAACUGCCAGAUGAUGAAAGGUUUCUAGUUGGUAAAGACAACUUGACCAUUAUGAAUGUAACUGAUAAAGAUGAUGGAACAUACACUUGCAUAGUUAAUACUACUCUGGACAGUGUUUCAGCAAGUGCUGUGCUUACUGUUGUUGCUGCUCCCCCAACUCCAGCUAUCAUUUACGCUCGGCCAAAUCCACCCUUUGACUUGGAAUUGACAGGUCAGCUGGAAAGAAGCGUUGAACUCUCAUGGAUACCAGGAGACGAAAAUAACAGUCCCAUUACAAACUUUGUGAUUGAAUAUGAGGAUGGGCUGCAUGAACCAGGGGUAUGGCAUUACCAGACGGAAGUUCCUGGAACUCAGACAACAGUACAGCUGAAGUUAUCUCCAUACGUCAACUACUCAUUCCGUGUGAUAGCUGUCAAUGAGAUUGGCAGAAGUCAACCCAGUGAACCAUCUGAGCAGUACCUGACAAAAUCUGCAAACCCUGAUGAAAAUCCUUCUAAUGUACAAGGGAUAGGCUCAGAACCUGAUAAUUUGGUAAUAACAUGGGAGUCUUUAAAAGGUUUUCAGUCUAAUGGACCUGGGCUUCAGUACAAAGUCAGCUGGCGUCAGAAGGAUGUUGAUGAUGAAUGGACAUCUGUUAUAGUUGCAAAUGUGUCUAAAUAUAUUGUGUCUGGUACACCAACUUUUGUUCCCUAUGAAAUAAAAGUACAAGCUUUGAAUGACCUGGGAUAUGCACCAGAGCCAUCAGAGGUGAUUGGACAUUCAGGCGAAGACUUGCCAAUGGUUGCUCCGGGCAACGUGCAGGUUCAUGUUAUUAACAGCACAUUAGCAAAGGUGCAUUGGGACCCAGUUCCACUAAAAUCUGUGCGAGGACACCUUCAAGGGUACAAAGUUUACUACUGGAAGGCACAGAGUUUAUCCAGAAGGAGUAGGCGGCAUGUAGAAAAAAAGAUCUUGACUUUCAGGGGAAACAAGACUUUUGGAAUGUUGCCAGGGCUGGAGCCCUAUAGUUCUUACAAGCUGAAUGUUAGAGUUGUUAAUGGUAAAGGAGAAGGACCAGCAAGCCCAGACAAAGUAUUUAAGACCCCGGAAGGAGUUCCUAGCUCACCCUCUUUUUUGAAGAUUACUAACCCAACAUUGGACUCUCUGACUCUGGAGUGGGGUUUACCUACCCAUCCAAAUGGUGUUUUGACAUCCUAUAUACUGAAGUUUCAGCCAAUUAACAACACACAUGAAUUGGGUCCCUUGGUAGAGAUAAGAAUUCCUGCCAAUGAGAGCAGCUUGAUAUUAAAAAAUUUAAAUUACAGCACACGGUACAAGUUUUACUUUAAUGCACAAACUUCAGUUGGAUCAGGAAGUCAGAUAACUGAGGAAGCAGUAACAAUUAUGGAUGAAGCUGGUAUUCUUCGUCCUGCUGUAGGUGCAGGCAAAGGAUAUUCAGAAACCCUUUUUGCAACCUCCCCAGUCAUGCACACUGUCCGUCCAACAUUCUAUAAGGUGCAACCACUUUAUCCAAGGAUCAGAAAUGUUACAACAGCUGCCGCUGAGACCUAUGCCAAUAUCAGUUGGGAGUAUGAGGGACCAGAUCAUGCGAACUUUUAUGUUGAAUAUGGUGUAGCAGGCAGCAAAGAAGAUUGGAAAAAAGAAAUUGUAAAUGGUUCUCGAAGCUUCUUUGUGUUAAAGGGUUUAACCCCAGGAACAGCAUAUAAAGUCCGGGUUGGUGCUGAGGGCCUGUCUGGUUUUAGGAGUUCAGAGGAUGUGUUUGAGACAGGUCCAGCAAUGGCAAGUCGGCAGGUAGACAUCGCUACUCAAGGAUGGUUCAUUGGUCUUAUGUGUGCUGUUGCUCUUCUGAUCUUGAUUUUACUGAUUGUUUGCUUCAUAAGGAGGAAUAAGGGUGGCAAAUACCCAGUGAAGGAAAAGGAGGAUGCACAUGCUGAUCCAGAAAUACAACCUAUGAAGGAAGAUGAUGGAACAUUUGGUGAAUACAGGUCCAUGUCUGCUUGGACAGGAAAGAAACUGGACAAGGAAAAGAAAAGAAAAGGUAGCUGUGCCAAUUCUCCUGAAGCAGACCCUGUCUUUACAAAAGCAAAGUCUGUGAGAUCUGACAGAUCCAACUUCUUCAGAAGGUCAGGGGAUCAAUACUCCAGCACCAGAUCAGAGACCUCCUAUACCAGGAGGAGGGCUAGGCAGUCUUCAGAGCUUACAAGGGUUAGAUCUGUCUCUGCUUCCCUCUGCCGAGAGGAGAAGAGGUCAGACGAAUGGAAGUACAGGCAUGGCUCUAGACAUCAUGCUUCUGAGCAACAGAUAAUGGGGUCGGAGGAGGGCUCAGAUUUUCAGGCAGGACAGCCAUCCCCUUUCCAGCAACCCCUCAGCUGCAACUCAAUUCGUGGCUCACUGGCAAGGCAGCAUUCCUCUCUACAGCACUGGUUCAGCCAGACCCCAGACUACAGCUCAGAUUCAGAAGACGCUCAGAGCUCCUACCUCAGGAAGGUAAGACCUUCGACUAAUACUCACUUCUCUGAAUCUGGAGAGAAUUCAUUAAUGAAAUCCAUAAUUUUGCCUGAGCUAGCUACUGUCUUAAAGGAUGCUUUGACAGCAGCCAGGCAAAGUAUAACUUCUGUGGCACAGGCUAGGUCCCAUUCAGUAAAGCAUCCCAGGGUACCAAUUACAGAAGUUCCAGUUGUUCCUGUAGAAGCGAGUGGGAGCAGUUCCCAAACUUUUGAGUCUGACCGUAUGGACAAUUUGAAAGAUCACAUCGCUUCUGGGAAAGAGAAAUCUGAGGCUGACAAGGCCUUGGACGUUAAGUCAUCUCCAGAAGAUGGUGAGGUGUCAUCUGAAUCCCCUACAGAAGACCAAGAAGGACCAUAUCCUCUGCGUAAGUUUGACAUGGAGAAUCAGAAUUACCUGUUCAAGCACAUAAAGAGAGUGUUAAAGUUAAAAUCUUCCAAAUCUGAAUGUGCUUCAGAAGAACUGCCUGUUCCCUCUGAAGAAGGCAAGGUAGAUAAUGCACUUCCUAUCCAUUCAGCAGUGGAAGAUCUUGUCUACAGGAUUUGGGGUAAUCCUGAGGCAAAGUAUGAAGCCCCAGCAGUCCUACGUAAACUCUAUCCUUUUCCAGUGGAUAAAGCUGCUCUGUGGGGGACCUUGCCUCAUGUAGACAGAGCACUGGUUACUGGGGAUUCUGCACUAUCAGUGCCUGCUAAUAUGGAUGUUUUCCCUAAAGAUCCUACUGAUAGAAAGGUUGAGGAAGCAAUUAAAAGAUCUUUCAAGCUAGCUGCAGCCCAGCUUGGAGUAUCUAUCUAUGGCACUUAUGCUUCUAGAGCGUUAUUAAUAUGGUUAGAGGAAAAACAAGCCAGAUUCAAAAAGAAAUGGGUCCCAUCUGGUGCCAUGCAGAGGAAACGCAGGCUAUGUAAAAUUGCAGCUAAUUUUAUCCAUGAUGCAGCUGAGGAUUCUCUUAGACUCACCAUUAAAAAUAUGGCAUGCCUCACUGUAGCCUGGAGAGCUAUAUGGCUACGUCCUUGGACCUCAUCGCUAGAUCUAAAAUGUAAACUGCUGUCUUUACCAUACACAGGCGGCAAGCUAUUUGGUGAAUCCUUGGUCCAGAUCAUGAAGGAUUUUUCAGAACACAAACACUCCUUACAUCAGCUGAAAAAAAAGAGCUUUGUUGGAAGCUCUUCAUUUUCUUAUCCUCACAAGUGUCUGAGCUCCUUUCGUUCUCCUCCGAGGUUUAAAGGAGGGAGAGGAAAGUAUAAGGUCUCACAACCAUUUCAUACCAAGUACGAAAGGACAUCUCACUUUCAAAGAGACACCAGACCUUCAAGAGGAACUUUCUAAUAACAUAGACUUGCUUCCUCCUUUCUCAGGAACUGGGAAGAGUGAAAGAAUUGGAAACUUAUACUGAAUAGAUUUCAGUGUUUCUGGACAAGUAAGCCCAAUGCUUAGAAAAUUAGUUGUUUCAAAGUAAGAUUUAAAUUAUUAAAUUACUUAAAUCUUAAUCACUAAUUCAGGUAUUAUAGAGAGAUCAUAGCUUUCGAUUUUAGGGGAGCUUUUUGUCACAUUCAAUUUCUAGGCUUCCCGUCCCAAGACGGCUUGGACUUGUUUGAAGUUUUGCUCUCUUCAGCUUCAUCUAGGACCAUGCUUUCUGCAGAACCAGCCAACAUUGGAUUUUCCUGCCAUAUUGACACAACAAAGGAAAUAAUGCUUUAGGAAACGCAGGUGUUUCGGGAACCACAGAAUGACUGGGUACUGUAUGUUCCUGUGACUGGAGGCAUAUCUGCACCUUUACAUAAUAAGGAAAAAUGGUGCCUCUUUAGCAAACUGAUGGCAGUACAAUCCUAGUGGUUUCCUGAGUUGUAGAAGACUGAGAUAGUAAAUUUUGGACAGUCAAUACUUACGCUAAGAAACUGCAAGAAAUACAAGAAGUUCCACAGAUGUAUGUUUAUUUAAAUUAAAAUUAAAGACUAUCCAGAGAUCCUGUUCAGGUCAGUGUAGGUGUAUAAAUCAGCCUAAAUUUUCAUCCUGGGCCCUAAAUGAAGAGAAAUCAAGAAGUUACGGCAUCUACAGACCUGUGGAUUCAUGGGUAGGGAGAGACCUCAGGCAUGCAUUUGUUAGUUAACUUCACAGGAGGUAUGAAAGUCUAGUAUCUCAUUGCAGUCUGCAAAAUGUUCUUAGGAAGAUCAGACAGGACAAGGCAACAACAGUAGUAGGACUGCUACUGGGGUAAUGCAGGAUGUUUGCACAUUUUGUUGAAUUAUUUUCCCUCUUUUCUUCAGCAUUUUCAUGCACACAAUAUUUUUCCUAGAAAUUCCUGGAUAUGCUAUGAGAGAUUUUCUGGAAAUGGUUGGUGGAGAGGUCUGAGAUUUCUAGAUAAUAUAUUACUCUUCCUUCUUGUUCUGAGUUGAUUAACAAUGAGGAUAUAGUUUGUAACUACAAUAGUUGUUUUGGUUUUUCUUUUUCUCUUGUAGUUAUUCAAGUUUUAUUGCAGCUUAGGUGUGUUUCCAGGGGGACCUAGCAAUGACUGGUGCUUCAGCACAAUAAGCUUGGUCCCUUCUAGUGGAAGAGAUUAUGUCAGUGCACUGCCUGAAGAAUUAUUGUCUCUGAGUAGUCCAGUUGGAUUUGGCUGUGGUCUUGUGUUCUCAUUUAUGCACACGUGCUUCCUUUGAUGGUUCUUAUUGUAAUUCUUGAACAUCUGUGUCACUACUUUUUAAACCCCUGAUUCCCCUUUGAAUAAUUUUCCAUCAGAAUUAGAAAAGGUGGAAAGUUCCAUUUAAUUUCUCUCAAGCAGAUUUUUCUUUUAAAUUUUCACAAGGAGUGAGUCAGGUUCUUUGGCUAACAACAAUUCUUUCCACCCUUUGCCAUUUAAAGCGAAAGCUUAAUCUCCUAGCUUUUCCAGCUUCUGCCAGGAUUAAAUAUUGAGUACUACAGAGAUGCUAAACUGCUUAUAAAAUUAAUAUAGAUGUGCUUAUGUCUUAGCUAGAUAAAAAGUAGUAAAAUGGUUUGAAGUCUGGAUUGAUACAGGUGCAUAAGUGUAUAGGGAAAGCAUUUUUCGUCUGCACAGUCCUAUCAAUUUAGGAGCGUGAGCAGAAACCUCUUAGGCAUUGGUGCAGAAGUUCUCCUGGAGGAUGCAGAGAAGCCAUAGUGUAAGGAACUUCUGUGGCUUUACAUGACUGCUUAGACUUAAAAAUUUCUGGGCUGUUGACCUGAGGGCACAGGAGAAGGAAUUUACUGGUUUCAUCUUCUGCAUCUUCAUUCUGUGUCCAGUAGCCCAGAAUGCUUUGCUCAUUUUGUUUGUUUUAUAUUGCCUUUCAUCUGACAGUUGUGUUUUAAGGAAAAGUAGUAUAUUGCUAACCAUAUAUUGAGUCUUUUUGCAUGUCCAUGAAUGUGGCAAAGUUUAGUGGGAACUAGUUGCCUGCUGGACUGCAGAGGCAUCGUAAAACUGUCUUCCCCAUUCUGACUGGUUGCUGCAUGUACCCAUAUCUAAGGAA